AUGAGUUCCCACCAGGCCAGUCAUCUGAGAAAUGUCCUCAUGAGCCGGAGUGCCCAGUUCAGGCAGCUGGAGGAAGAGAGGAUGGUACAGAGACAACAGGAAGAAGAAGAGCGACUGAGACGGCAAAAGGAGGAAGAAGAAAACAGAAAGAGGGAUGAGGCUGAACAGGAAGCCAGACGUCGCCGGCAGGAGGAAGAAACGAUCAGACGCAUCAACGAGUUUCUCGCUAGGCUGGCCGAAAGAGAGGGAGAACGCCCCGCCACAGAGGAAGUUGUGGAAGAAAUGAAAGACAGCGCUUUCAAACUCAAGGUGGACAGCGAAGAGAUCUGCGCCAUUUGCCAAGAUGGCAUGAGGAAAGGAGAAAAGGUCAUCCCGUUUCCCUGUCCGGCCGAGCACCAGUUCCAUGAGGACUGCAUGUUUCAGUUCCUGGCACACGGGAGUUCCUGUCCGCUGUGCCGCCAUCAGGUCGAACACGAUACCCCGGUGGAUGAACACGCCCUCCUCGGCAUCCUGCAGCUCCUGUUCACCUGACAUAGCCGUGGUGCAAGACAACUCAAUAUUGGUUAGCAGCAACUUUAGGAUCAUGUAUUUGUUUGAGUCUUUGUUUAUUCAUAAAAUACUGAAAUAGGCCUGCCGACCACUUUUCAUGAGGUCAUGGGGCAAGAAGAGGUCAGCGUCAGACAAAAUAUGCGAGUUACAUGAUUAAAAUCAUAACAAGUUUCUAAACAUGUGUAACGUUAAUUACAUUAUUUAGGUUCCAUAUAAAUAUGCUAGGUAGAAUAGAAAGAUUCAACAAGUGUUCCACAGCGGAACUA